GCCUUAAGGAUUUCAUGUUUACAAGAAACACAGAGAAAAAAGGCUAAAAAAGAGCAUCAAGAGACUCCGCAUAAACUAGCAAUUCCAUGGAUGAUUUUGGUGAUGACGAUGGUGGCCAGAAUCGAACCGGAACAUGGAUGACUGCUAGUGCACAUAUCAUAACAGCAGUUAUAGGGUCAGGAGUUUUAUCUCUUGCUUGGGCCAUUGCUCAGUUGGGAUGGAUUGCUGGCACCGUUACUCUUAUCCUCUUCUCCAUCAUCACUUGGUUCACCGCUAUCCUGCUUACCGAUUGUUGCCGGGACCCUGUUACUGGAAAAAGACAAAGUUCUUACAUAGAAUCUGUAAAAUCCAACUUAGGGGGGCUGAAUUACAACCUUUGUGGGGUUGCUCAAUAUGUGAAUCUAGUAGGCACAAGUGUUGGAUACACAAUCACUUCAUCCAUAAGUAUGGCUGCAAUUAAAAGAUCAAACUGCUUCCAUAAGUAUGGGCAUGAUGCGGGAUGUCAUGUGUCAAACAACAUAUUCAUGGUAAUUUUCGGCAUCAUACAGGUUGUUCUAAGCCAAACUCCCAACUUCCAUAAACUCGACUUUCUCUCCAUCCUCGCCGCCAUCAUGUCUUUCGGAUACUCUUCCAUAGGCCUCGGUCUCGCCAUUGCCAAAAUUGCAGAAGGGAAGAGUGGUAAUACAAGCAUGACAGGAGUAGCUGUAGGCGUGGAUGUUACAAGUUCACAAAAAGUUUGGAAAUGUUUGGCAGCCGUUGGAAAUAUUGCCUUUGCCUAUGCUUUCUCCAAUGUUCUUGUGGAGAUACAGGACACAUUAAAACCAAAUCCACCAGAAAAUAGAGUCAUGAAGACGGCCACCACCAUUGGGAUAUCAGUCACCACCUUGUUCUAUGUGUCCUGUGGGCUUCUAGGCUAUGCAGCAUUUGGAAAUAAGGCGCCGGGCAACUUCUUAACAGGAUUUGGUUUCUAUGACCCCUUCUGGCUCGUCGACUUGGCUAACUUGUUCAUCAUCAUUCAUCUCUUGGGUGCUUACCAGGUAUAUACCCAGCCGGUAUUCAAGCUUGUAGAGGACUGGUGCUACAUGAAGUGGCCUGAAAGUGGAUUUUUGAGGGAAGGAAGCCCUAUUAAAAUUCCGGUGCUGGGUAUAUAUAGGUUUAGUAUGUUAAGGCUUGUGUGGAGGACAUUGUUUGUGAUAGUUACUACCGUGAUGGCAAUGUUAUUCCCAUUCUUCAAUGCUAUUCUCGGUCUGCUUGGAGCUCUUGCAUUUUGGCCAUUGACUGUGUAUUUUCCAAUAGAAAUGCACAUAUCGCGGCUGAAAAUUCCAAGGUUUUCCUGUAAUUGGAUGUGGCUGGAGGUUCUGAGCGUGGUCUGCUUGAUCGUAUCACUUCUCGCGGCUGCCGGAUCUAUUGAAGGAAUUAUUAAAUUCCUUGAAAGUUAUAAGCCUUUCAAUUCUGUUUCAUGAUAUUUCUGUUGAUGCUUAAUAAAACAAAUGUUAUUGAAAGAAUUUUAGCCGCUGUUUGGAUUAUUGGAUUUGGAGGAGGAGGGGAGGAGAGUGAAGGACAGAUGUCUCUCUUACUCUAUCUUUUUUUCAUUAAUGGAAACGGAGGGGUAAUAGAACCCCUCCACUUUG